AGAAAACCCUUCUCGCCGAAGCUCUUGCCGAGCUUCCUUUUCCGUCGACUUCUCUUCGAUCCGCUUCCACUUUCCGGCUGUCAUAUCUACUGUUUAAAAGAUAGCUCCGACUAUUCUUGUCGAGAGGAAGGUGUUAACGAGAAAGGAACGAUGGAGCUGGCAGAGGAAGCGGAGACCAAGGGUUCCGCUGCGCCGAUCCCUCCCCCUGACGCCACCGGAGCGGCCGCAGUGACGGAGGACGAUGCGGUCGAACAGGAGCGCUAUUCUCGAGAGGCCAAAGCCGGCCUCCAUCCCUUGAAGCAUAAGUUCGUGUUCUGGUAUACUCGACGAACCCCUGGAUUACGAUCCCAAACAUCAUAUGAGGAUAACAUCAAAAAAAUUGUAGAAUUCAGUACGGUUGAAGGUUUCUGGGUCUGCUAUUGCCAUAUAGCACGUCCUUCCUCACUGCCAUGCCCAACUGAUAUCCAUCUUUUCAGAGAAGGCAUUAGGCCCCUAUGGGAGGAUUCUGCAAACUGUAAUGGUGGUAAGUGGAUAUUGAGAUUCAAAAAGGUCAUUUCAGGUCGUUUUUGGGAAGAUUUGGUAUUGUCAUUGAUCGGCGACCAACUAGAAUUCGGAGACAAUGUUUGCGGUGUUGUGCUAAGCAUUCGUUUCAACGAGGACAUCUUAAGUGUUUGGAAUCGCAAUGCAUCUGACCAAAAGGCUGUGAUGGCUCUGAGGGACACCAUCAAGCGACACUUAAAACUGCCCCAGACCUACUUGAUGGAGUACAAGCCCCACGACGCUUCACUACGGGACAACUCUUCGUAUCGUAACACUUGGUUGAGAGGAUAGACAUGACCGUCCGCGCCCCAAAGUUUGCUAAUUGCUACCUUGCAUAACGGUCGAACAUUUCUCUUUCAAUCUCAAAAAAUACUCCAACUAACGAUGCUCUUGAAUUAUGUUUGGUUUGUAGUCUUACUAGCUGACGUUUAAAUACUCCGUUAUAAUUCAAACCGUGGGUUGUUAAAUAUUUAUCA